GAGCAACAGCGAAUAGAAUAGGGUACUUCGGAAAAAACCUGGAACGGAAGUCAAGAAAACAAGAAGAAGAAAGUACGCGAAUUUCGUGAGAAUGAGCGCCUGCGUCGCCGCUCUGCCGCUUCCGCAGAGCUACUAUAUUCUCAUACAUGUCCCGCAUUUCUUCUUCCUGAUUUCUUCUCAACACCCUUCCCAGCGCUUCUCCGAAGUACCCUACCCCAGACUUCAGAGCCCGCCAAACGUAACACCCGAUUAAGUUACUGCUCACCAAAACCAGUACUUCGACUCAUUCAAAGUUCCACCGUGAUGGAGCCGUGUUUGAUAGCUGCGUUGUCGGACGACGAGAUGCUGCACAUCCUCAGCUUCCUCUCGGCCCGUUCAGUUGUUGGCCUGCCGAUGCGUUAGUCGCCGCUGGAGAGUCCUGGCGCUGCACCCUCAACUGUGGCGGUCUGUCUCCACAUUCCAUUUCAGCAGCGCCAGCUCCGACAAGUAUUUCUGGACCAUUCUGCGCCUGGCUCCCUGUCUUCGCUCCCUCCUCAUCGGAAGCUCAUGGCAGCCUCUGGGCGGAUCGGCUCUGGCCUUCAGUCCGCUGUUGGCCAUGGAAACAAACUGCGCUGCUGCCAAACUGAGUAUGUCACUCGGUAACCUAGCGUCGCUUGUUUUGGGCGCCCUAGUUGUCCGCAGGCAAGCUGCGCUGGGCCGACUUCGCCAUUUGGAACUUUCCCUGGAACUGACGACUGACGCUCAAAACUCGGCGUGUGUGCACACACUGCUUCAGGAAGUUCACGCUGCAAAAGGUCUGGUGAAGCUUGUGUUGCGCGGGUCACGUUCGACAGGCUCUAAGUUGCCCAAAGCAGCUGCCCUUGACCGUGGCCCGGUAGCAGCGUCUCUGAAGCAACUGCAGUUCGAAUUCGUUGACGAAUUAGUGGAAGAUCAUCUGCUUCCUUUCGUGUCCGAGCACUUGGCCACCCUGGAAAUUGUUCAGACGAAAAGCAAUCACGCGACGUUGACUGCACUGUUGGCCUCUGCGCCGAGGUUACGCAAGCUGGGAUGCCACAUGCUGGACAACAUGAUGACUCUGCGGGGCUGCCCGAGUCUGACAUCAUUGCACCUCUUCGUGGACUUCCAGGACGGUGAUCAGGGUUCCCGCCGUCUGGCCGGAGUCGAGGCGUACUUGCGAGUCGCCACGUGGCAGCUGACGCGCCUCAAGCUGGAGUUCGCCAAGCAGCAGGACCAGGCCGACGUGGUGGACCUGGUGCUGGCCCUGGGCGGCACGCGCGCCUCGCUGCGGCCCUCCACGCUGCGCUGCCUCGCCCUGGACUUCUCGCCCGCCGACCUGCGGGUCCGGAUCGGCUACCUGCCGCCCCUGCAGCUCCGCCCGCUGGCCGCCGUGCUGCACCGCCUGCCCGACCUGCGGCACCUCAACCUGGGCGGCGCGCCGUCCGACGCCUUCCUGGACGCCAUCGACCCCCAGGUGCUGCCCAAGCUCGUCAAGCUGCAGGUGUACUCGCCGCACGGCUGCACUCACGAGUGGUUCCACACCGAAGCGGUGACCGGCGUGUUCCGACGCAAUCCGCGGCUGCACCUGGUCGUGGAAUCUUGCGGCUGUGACUCCGUGGGCGACGAGGACGAUUCGGACUACGAGUCCUGCGCUGCGUGCGCCAAAGACUGCUGCCCCGACGAGUUUUGGGAGGACACCUGCACCGCAGCGUUCUUCUCGCACCCUGACGCGGAGCCCUGCGACUGGGUGGAGAUCCACCGAGAGGGCGCCAUUGUCUCCCAGAGCAUGCAAGUGAAGGUGUGAGGUAGUUCGUGAAAAGACUUCAGGAAACUUGUGUUUUGAUCAAACUUUAAUGGGAACCUUUUUCUGACAAUAUUCUUUUGUACACAAUUUAACAGGCUUGAAGUUAUUUUCUUACUCGAAACUGUUAUAUCUAGAUAUCAAUUAUAAUGAAUUCAAUAACUUAAAA